GUCUAGUAAUGCAACAACCGGUCAAAAAGCCCUCAGCGCUAAACUAACCCAAGUCCCAACCCAAUCCCCUCCUCCCCUUAACCCAAAUUCUGGUCCAAUAAUAAUUCCAAGAUGACCGACAAUGGAAACCAUUAUAAUAACAACAACAGCAGCAGCAACAAUAACAACAACAAUGAGGCAUCCAGACUGAGAUUACCCGAGGAAGCUGAGCAGCAGCAGGCAGCAGAGCAGCUGCUCCCGAAGAAUGGAUCAUCAGGGGGCGGCGGUGGUCAUCAGGCCAAGAUAGCGCCUCCUUCAUAUUCCCAAAUCCAAAACCAAAAUCAAACCCAUUCCAAUGCCGAAUCCCAGCCAGCAGUGCCAGCGAAAGGAUCAUCGCAUCCGGUGAAAAAGAGGCGAGACAAGAGCGAUCUGGGCGAAGAUUUUGUGGCGCCCGACGGUGGAUGGGGAUGGCUGGUGUCCGUCGCCAGUGGCGUUAAUAUUCUGGUGACGUUCGCAUUGGCCCAGCAAUUCGGCAUCCUGUUCCGCGAUCGUAUGGCGGCUCUAGGAAUCUCCAGCUCCGAACUGACCACCAUCAUCAACACACAGAUCGCAGUGUCUGCAUUUACGGGUCUGCUCAACGGCCCGCUCUUCCGCCGCUACACCUAUCGAGUGGUGGCCCUUUUCGGAUCCGUCCUUACCUUCUUGGGCCUCUUCUGGAUGGUCUUCGCCGACACCUUCACCAUCUACAUACUGAGCUUCUCGAUCCUGUACGGUUUCGGCCGCGGCCUCACGGUAUCCGCCUCCUCGCUGGCGGUCAAUACGUACUUCAAGACGAAGCGACGCACGGCGACGGCCUUUCAGUUUGGCGUCGCAGGACUGGGACCGAUUGUGUGUCCCUACUUUGCCACCUACAUGCUGACCUCGUACGGUGUCCAGGGCACCACACUGCUCUUCGCCGGCGCCUCGCUGCACACGAUCGCCUGUUCGCUGAUCUACCAGCCGGUCAAGUGGCAUGUGGUUAAGCGGGAUCCCGAUGCGGAGGCACUGCAGCAGGUUCAACCGUCUCUCGCGGAGCGCGAGGAUCAGGACGAGGAUAUCAUCAAGAAUGUGGUGGAGCCGGAAACCCCUGUGCUCCCGCGAGCCAAUGAUGGUUGGUUCGGCUCGAGGGCCUCGCUGAACAGCGUGGGCACUCGCAAUCGUCUGAAUACGUGGGAGAAAUCCGAUGGCAAUGGUCAUGUGGAGCUCAAGCGUCUGAGCAGCCGGGAUUCGGCGAAUCCGGGGCGACAGCUGCGCAGCAUUUCGGUGAGUCACAGCAUCAAGGAGGAGGAGGCCUUGGGCUAUCAUUCGGAUAAUGAUGAAAAAGGCCAUCACGUCCAUCAUGUCGCCGCCGAGCUGAGCGAGAAGGAGAAACAGGAGCUGGAGGACGAGGAGGAGCGCCAGCGACGCAAGAAGCUGCCAUUCUACAUGAAAGUGGUGAUCUUCUUCGACAUGGACCUGCUGCGGGACAUCACAUAUGUCAAUCUCGCGGUGGGUAUAACGCUGAUCAACUUUGUGGAGGUGAACUUUGCCAUCCUGACACCCUUCAUCCUGUCCGAUCUGGGCUUUAAUAAGGAGCAGAUUGCUUUGGCCAUGUCCACGCUAGGAUUCUUCGAUCUGGUCGUGCGAUUCCUCAUACCGCUGAUCACGGCGAAGAUAAAUCUAAGCAAUCGCACCUUCUUCGUGGUGGGCAUUUUGGGUAUGUGCGUGGGCCGCAUGUUCCUCUCGAUGACCCGCAACUUUUACGUCAUGAUGGCCAUCUUCCUCUGGCUGGGCUUGAACAAGGCCUUCCGCACGGUCUUCUGGUCUCUGAUCAUUCCCGGCUAUGUGCCGCUUAAGCGCUUGCCAGCGGCUGCUGGUCUACAGCUGCUCAUGUCCGGCACCUUUUCGAUGAUUUUCGGUCCGCUGAUUGGUCUUAUCCGGGAUCACACCAGCUAUGCCGUGACCCUCAACCUGUUGAAUGCCCUUUGCGUGAUGGCCUUCGCCGGCUGGUAUCUGGAGGACUUCAUCCGCGCCCGCAGCCGAAAAUCGCAACCAGUGAAGACAAUCGACAACUGAUGAUCAGCCGCCGAUCCAAAACAAUAGUUGACCAAAUAGUUGAACUCAGUGCCAGCAAUUCCAAGACCAACAACUCCGUUCCCCCCAAAUCCAUCCUAACUUUAGCAAAAUGUUAUUCUUGUUAUCGCAUUUGCCCAGUGCCUUUUUUUUUAAUCUAAACUAUACCCUUAUGUAAACUACAUAUAUUCUGCGUGUACAUUGUGUAUAUACUAUUCGAGUGUAGUAAAUUAAUUGUAUUAAAUAUCGAUAAUUGUUAAUUAAUAUGCAUAAGCUGCCAAAACUUACAA